AUGUCUACCGUCACCACCAAUUCCAUGGCCAUCUCCUGCCAAGAAGCUGUCCCUGGUAUCUGGUCCAACAUCAUUGGCCCCACGCACAUCAGCAAAGUUCCGGUCCUGGAUGGCGCUACUAUGCUUCCUCAGUUGAUACCAUACCCCAAAUCAUUAUCUGUCAAUAUAUUUCCCAAUUCUCCAAAGCAGUCUGGGCACUACUACACCACCGGUCAAACUGAAUGUCCUGCGGAUAUCACCGCAUGGGGGAUGUCUGUAUGA